UGACUCAACGCAUUUGAUCGCAUUCAAAACAUUUAAAUUUGUUCAUGUCCCGAGUUCCUCUGUUAAUUUAAUCUAUAUAUAUUACCAGAUAUGGCAGCUUCACAACAAACAGAUAACGAGCAACUUGAAAGAGUAUUUCUAAAGUUUGGUCUUGCUGACAGCGAUGAGCAGCUUGAAGUUAUUCUUAAACGGUAUCUUCCACUUGUGCUGCUCAAGUUAUCAAGCAGUGAAUCCUCAAUACGUACUAAGGUUCUUGAGCUUUUAACUCAUAUAAACAAACGUUUGAAGUCAAGAGAAGCAGUCCAGGUGCCUGUUAAGGAGUUACUUCAACAGCUCAAUGAUGCUUCGCUUAGCAGCUUUGUUACAAAUUUUACCAUCAUUUACAUAAAGACUGGCUUUCCAAGAUUGAAUGUUGAACAGAAAGUUGAACUUGCUCCCUUGUUGUUUACAUCUGUGGAGGGAAAAGUCAAAACCCAGCAGGAUAUUUUGUUGCGUCUUCUUCUCACCACUCUACCGUGCAUAAAGCUGCACGAAUCAGCUGAAAAGUUUAAAAAACUUUUCGAUUUUCAAAAUCACCCACACGCCACAAAAGGGUUGUUGGAUUUCUGCCUCGAUGUGAUGAUUAUGCCCUACAGUUUAAGCUUGCCCAACAUAGUGGCCACUCCAUCGAGGCCAGUAUCAGCACCCCCCCAACAACAACAACAACAAGCUAAUGCUGCUUCACCAGGUUUGAGUCGGAAUUCUAUAAAGCGUUUGGUGGGAGAUGCUAAUGUACCAACAUGGUCUUUAGAAGAGGUUGAAACUAUCAAGGUUGCUAUUCUAAACUUUAUAAAGCAAGACAUGUUUGAGUUGAAUGAUGUUGUGUGCCAUCUUAUUAUUGGAUCAAGUGAUACAAGGCAUACUGUGGCAUCAAACUCUGACUUUGAACUGAGGAAACAACUUCCGUCAAUUGAUUGGAACAAGCCUUCCUUGGUUUCAAAACUUUACCAAAUAUAUCUUGGCUCUAAAGCUACAAGUAAAAAGAAGAACGCACCCCCCGAUGAUAAAAGGGAGGCUUCUAAUGUUAGAAUGAAAUUAAAACUUCUUACCAACAUGCUGAGAUCAAAGGCAGUUGCUGCAUGUUUCCCUCAUAAUAUACAAGUUGUAUAUGAUGGUCUGUUCAAUGCAAGCAGUACAAAGCUGGAAGUGUUGACUUUGCAGUUUGUACAGCAUAUAAUAGAAAGUUGUGACGAGGAACAAUUACAGAAGCAAUCCUCUCUCCUCCUCAACGCGAUGCAGAAGACGGUAAAGAACGAGGAGAUGAACGAGAAGACGAGGAGCUUGGGUUACUCCUCCAUUGGAAGAUUGGCAUCCAAACUGCCAGCCAUGUUUUCAAACAAACUCGAUCUUAUCCAGGAUUUGUUUCAAACCCUUGCACAGGUAGAAUCAAAUGAAUUGAAAACUUCAAUACAAGGUGCAAUAUCCAUGAUGGCACCUGCUUUCCAAAAUGCCGACCAAACCACUUCCAUGUUGCUUGAAUCUCUCAUUCAAACCAGCAUCAAAGCCGAUGAUCAUUAUACGCGGUUGGUUGGAGUUCGAUAUGCUGGGGUUGUGUUUCAAACUGAUCACAUUUCUACAAGAUACCAACUUAUAUUGGCAGCUGGGGAUGUGAAAGAUGAAGUAUCAUCCGAAGCGAAGAGAUUGCUAAGUGGAAGCAGAAAUCGUGAGAAUAAUUCAAAACAACCUGAAAAACUCCCUAAGUUUAGCGCCAUGCUCAAAUUCCUGCAUGAAAAGGCAAGAGAAAGACUUAUGAGCAGUGAGCGUCAUGUGAUUGGAACACGAUCAAUGGCGUUCACACCUGCUGCAUUCCAAGCUGCAUUCUCGUUUCUAAGACGAUGCAUGACAUCGGAAGCAGGAUCAUCAGAAGAGGAAGAAGAGGUUGAAAGUAGGAGUCGGGAUGUUCAGAAUCAAUCUCCUGUUAUUGUGCAGCACAUCAGAAAACUUUUCCAAGUAGACAGUGAAGCAAGUAUAGUUACCUUUCAACUUUACACUGAUCUGAUUUUCCAAUACAUUAAGAUGGUAGCUGACCCGCAGAUAGUAUUUCUACUCUUGGAGCUGAUAGGCUGUUGUCCUGAGGUCGUUCCGCUUGAAAAACUUUUAAAAUCUGUACACCGUGGUGACUCGAGCGACAAGGUUUUCUCUGAAAGAACAACGUGGCUUAAAUCACUGACUAAACAUAAUAGAGAUGAUAUUCGUCAGCAUGCAGCUGAAAUAUACAGCAUCGUGUUUCGACGUUCACCAAACUCUAACUAUGCCCAACUUACAAAAGAACUGAUACAAGACUUUGAUAACAAGAAUUUUGAAGCCCGUCACAGCAGCAUAUUACUGAUGGGUCAUGUGGUUGGAGAUUGGUUGAAAUUAAUUCAUUCACCUGAUGAUAAUAAGAUGAUAGUGGAUCAACAAGAUAAUGCUUACGAUGUUGUGAAACAGGCGUUACUUAAGCUAGUGACAUCAGUAAAAGAAGAGAAAGACUCAUUACUUGCGGGUUCUGCUUGUUUUGCUGUCGGAGAAAUUUCACGAAAAUCUUCAUUACCUCUACUACCAGGUGUCCUACCACCGGAUGGCGCUAAUGAGGAGAAGAGUUCGGAAACUGAUGGGUCAUUGACCAAGUACUGGGUCGUGCAGUGUUUAUCAAGUCGUAUCAACAACAACACUCUUCAUGCUUUGAGGGAGAAAGCUGUCAUUGCACUUGGCAUGCUACCUGUAGGAGAUGGGGACUUUCCCCAUACUGAGAAGAUCUUGGAAAUCUUGCUGAAAUCAUCAGAAAUAAAAAACGCAGAAUUACAUUUCACGGUUGGAUCCGCGCUGUGCAAUGCUGCUCUUGGACCUGAGGCUCCUGCAAGGAUUAAUAGAUGGACGGGUGCUCCGGACACAAAUGAGGUCUUCCAGGAUGCAGAGGAGCAUGUAGAGCAAUCUAAAGAUAAAGAUAAACUGAAAUGGUUGCUAGGGAAGAUACUGAAUGAGUAUGUAGUGCACAGAACACCUGCAGGUCGCCAGGCAUCAUGCAUAUGGUUGAUGACCAUGUUGAAAACAGAAGCUUGUACUUCACACCCCGCAGUCAAACUUCAUCUCAUGGAUUUACAAAAUGCCUUCACUGCUUUACUCUCAGAACCUGAUGAAUUAACGCAAGACAUCGCUUCCAAAGGAUUCGGAGCAAUCUAUGAUCUUGGAAGCGAGGAUCAGAAAAAGAUGUUGGUUGAUAAACUGGUUGGUUCUCUCACGGGAUCCUCGGAAUCUAAAUCUCCCGCAUCCAAAGUCCGGAUCAUUGGGAGCGAGGGGUCAAGUCUUUUUACUGGAGGAUCUGUUCAGCUGGGAAAAGCUCCAGAUGGAUCUAGUUUGAACACAUACAAGGAGUUGUGUUCACUUGCAUCCGACUUAAACCAGCCAGAUCUGGUUUACAAAUUUCUUCACCUUGCCAAUCACCAUGCACUGUGGAACUCAAAAAAGGGUGCAGCGUUUGGGUUCCGUAGCAUAGCCAUUGCAGCACGAGAACAACUGACCCCACAUCUGCCACAAAUCGUACCUCGAUUGUACCGAUAUACAUUCGACCCUCAAACUUCUGUCCGCAACGCCAUGACCUCAAUUUGGAAUGUAGUUGCACCAGAUACAAUUAAAACGGUUGACGAAUACUCCUCAUCAAUUUUGGAGGACUUGCUCUCCAACCUCACGAACAAGAUCUGGAGGACCCGCCAGGCUUGUUGCCUCGCUCUUGCUGAUCUUCUCAAAACAGGAGCAAGAAGACCAGAUUCGGAUGCAGGGAUUAUAACGAGACGACUUCCAGAGAUCUGGAGCAUCAUCCUGAGAGUGAGGGAUGACGUAAAGGAGUCAGUUCGUGAUGCGUGUGAACAAACGUGCACUGUUCUAAAACGGGUAACAAUUCGUACAUUUGAUGCCGAAAGUUCGGUAGAAGCAGAUGAGAAAAUACUUUCCGAAAUAUUGAACAUUUUGUUGAAAGAAGGAAUGACCAGUUCUGUUUCUGAUGUUCAAAAAUUAAGUUUAAAGACCCUUGUUGAAGUGAGUAAAGUAAGCGGUGCAUUGAUCAAACCCUGCAUACCACAGAUGAUUGUGGCGUUACUGGAAGCAAUGAGUGGAUUGGAAGACCCUGUUCUUAAUUACCUGCACAACAGAAGUGGUCAUGUGACUCAGGACGCGCUUGACUGGGUACGAGCCGAAGCAGCUCGCAGCUCCCCAUUAAUGGAGACAGCUAUGCAGUGUUUAAAACAGUGUGAUUCUAACGUUCUAUCACAACUGACUCCUACUUUGUCGGAUCUUACAAAGCGAGGUGUUGGGGUGCUUACUAAGGCGGGAUGUGCACAUAUUAUCACAUCUCUUGUUUCAAUGUGUGGAAAUGAUCUAACUCCAUAUGCUGGCAAAUUCAUUGCAGCUCUCACACCAGGAUUACUGGAUAGAUCGUUAGCUGUUCGGAAAGUAAAUUCAACUUCCAUUGGACAUUUAGCUCGUGUUGCAAAAGAUGUGACUUUGGAAAAGACUUUGCUUAAAAUGAAGCAGUGGUACAUGGAGAAAGAUGAAUCGAAUUCAAAACAUGCAUCAGCCAGUGUAGUGUACGCCAUCGCCCGGCAUUGUCCCGAUGCUCUGAACAGGCAUUCCGCACUUGUGCUCCCCCUAGCGUUUUAUGGAAUGCAUGAAGUCGUGUCACUUGAUGGCGGUAAAGCUGCAGAAAAGAAAACUACAGAAACUGGAACAAAAGGAGACGACGUGAACUUUGCGCUUACAACCAAGGAAAUGUGGGAAGCAGUUUGGAAUGAAUUUACACCAGGUUUUGAGACAGCAGUUCGAUUACACCUUGGUGAGAUAGUCACACUAGCAGGGCUGGCUAUUCAAUCACAAAGUUGGGAAUCCAAGGCACAGGCUGCUGCUGCUAUGUCUUCUGUUGCUAAGCGACAACGACCUGGUACAAUUGUUCGGCCACAUUUAGAUUAUCUAAUGCAGGCAUUAUUAAGUGGAUUACAAGGUCGUACAUGGCAAGGGAAAGCAAAGUUACUUGAAGGAUUACGUGAUGUUUGUGUGCAUUGUAAGGAACAACUGACUAUGGAGGAAUUUACCAAAGCAGUAGCUGCUUUGUUUAAAGAGUCGAAACGUGAAAACCCAGUUUACCGAUUAGACGCUAUUUGCUGCCUGUCGAGCGUGUUAGAAGCGCAUGCGGUUGAUAAGUUCACACCUUACUGGGAAAUAGUGAAGCCCCUCUUAGUUAAAGGCGAAGGUGACAGCUCAGACAGCGACGACGCGUCCACGUCCAGCACCAAACGAAGUGAGCGUAAAACGGCUGAGUUUAAAACACACGAGCGUCUUCUUCAGUCGCUACCUAACGCAUGGUGUGCAACUUCCAACCAAACCAAAUUAACCCACUAUGACGAUGUGCUGACAACAGUCGCCAGCUUUGCAACUCUAAGCACCUACCAUGUACAGCUAUCUGCGUUACAAUGCAUGGAGCAAAUACUAUCUUCGCUUUUUCCAACGGAUGGCGCACCAGAGUCUAUAGAAUUUUCCAUUUCAAAAAUCUACUGCAUCGUAACUGAAGCAAUUUGCACUUCGUUAGAAAAUUUAAAAUUUUCUUCAAUUCGUGAAGAAGGUUUGAAGUGUUGUGAAGCCCUCUUUCAACUACCCACAGGUGACGAAUCCAACGAUCAGCAAGUUACGUCAUUGGUAAAAGCACUACGCGAGUCCGAAAUUGGGGCUGAAAAAAGCGAGCACAGAGCCCGCGUGUUAGGUUUGCUAGCGAAAGCGGAAUUAAGAAAGGAAAAUACGUCACAAUAGCUAUUGUUCAGUCAUGAGUGCGACCUGCCUCGCUGAAGAAUGUUGUGUUAUAGAGAUUUUACUAUACAAAGGUUCCUUUAAGUUUUAUGGCGGUUUAUUUUUUGCAUGUCCAAAAUUCAUUAAAACGGUGCAAUAAGCAUAUUAAAAUGUCAUGUUCACCAUCGAAUUUUUGUUAUUUAUAUAAAAUUGGCUGAAACUGUGCUUUAAAUAUGGAAUAAACACGAAAGUAUUGGUUUAACCAAAA